UUGACCUCCUGUGAGGCCGAGCUGCAGGAGCUGAUGAAGCAGAUAGACAUCAUGGUGGCUCACAAGAAAUCUGAAUGGGAAGGGCAGACACAGGCUUUGGAAACUUGUCUGAGUGCUCGGGAGCAGGAACUUUCCUCUGCCAAGGCAGCUCUGCAGGAAAAACAAAAGGAGGUUGGCAUGCUGCGUCGCCAGGUUGAGGAUGUGGAAAAAUCCAAGCAGGACAUGGUUAGAGAGUAUGAACAACAGCUGAAGAAAUUUCAGGAGGAGUUAUCCCGGCUGAGGAGGAGCUAUGAGAAGCUGCAGAAGAAAAAAAGAAGCAGAGGAGAAGCUAACAAGGGACAAGAGGAGGACAAGUUUGAAUUGAGCCGACUGACCAGGAAGCUGGAGGAGUUCCGUCAGAAAUCACUUGACUGGGAGAAGCAGCGCCUGCAGUACCAGCAGCAGGUGGCAUCGCUGGAGGCGCAGCGCAAGGCUCUGGCAGAGCACUCCGAGCUCAUGCAGACCCAGCUGGCCAGUCGGAAGCAGAUGCUGGACUCGGUGGAGCUGGCAAACCGCUCGGAAAUCCAGCACUUGAGCAGCAGGCUGGAGAGGGCCAAGGACACCAUCAGUGCCAAUGAGCUGGAGGUGGAGAGGCUCAGCAUGAGGGUGGAUGACCUCAGUGAGGACAAUCGCAUCAUUCUGGAAGAUCAGCGCAGAGUUCAAGAGGAAUUAAGACAGUCCAAGACAAUGUUAGAGGUGCUGCAGGAUGAGAAGAUGGAACUGAGAGCCACCUUGCAGUCUCAAGAAGAUUUCAUUAGCAGCUCGAAACUGCACCAGGAACAGUUACAGAAACAGCUGGACAGGAUGACUGAAACUCUUCACACAAAAGAACUCCUCAUCAGGGCCUUGGAGGAGCGCUUGCAACAGAAGCCAUUGUCCUCUGCAGGGCUGGAGCUGGAGCAGGUGCUGCUGCAGCUGGAUGUUGCCCAGAAGAAGGAACAGCACUUGCAGUCAGAGGUGACUCGUCUUGAGAACAGCCUGGUGUCUUCAAAUGCCAGGUGUGUGCAGCUGAGCGAGGAGCUGGGUGAGAAUAUCAAAGAGCUGCAGUCCCUGGAAGAAGACCAGACUGAGUCAAGGGCAGAGAUUAAAAAGUUGAAAGACCAGCUCUCUCAGGCUGAACAAAUGCACAGCAGUGAGCUGGAGGGGAUGAAAAGGGAGAUCUCCAGGCUGACCCAGGAGCUGCAGCAGCGGGACAUCACCAUUGCAUCAGCAAGUGGCUCCACCUCAAACCUGGAGCAGCAGCUCAGAGCAGAGAUUGAAAGAGCAGAGAGGAAAGCAGUGGAGCACAGGGUAAUUCUGGUCCAGCUGGAAACCUUGAGGCUGGAAAACCGUCAUCUCUCAGAGAUUUUGGAAAAAACAGAGUGUGGUAAGCUGAAGGGGGGUGAUGGCACCCUGAGAGCCCUCAGGGAGGACUACACUGCUGAGCUCCAGAAAUUAAUAGCUGAGAACCAGCAGCUGCGGAAGGACCUCGCAGAGACCAGGGCGAAACUGGGGGUCACUGCACAGGUGUGCCCAGGUGAACCUGAGGGCAUGGCUCAGCAGGGGCAAGGCAGAGAGCCCAGGGAUGUACAGCACAGGGAAGCACAGCACGAGCAGGAUGAACACACAGGGAGCACACAUCUCCAGCCUGACAGGACUGCUCAGCAUCAUCACAGGCACUCCCAAAGGUGUGAGGCUGCUGAAACAGGAGCUGUGACCCCUGAGAUGGGUGAGCCACCCUCCCAGAGCAGCAGCAGGAACUGCAAGGAGCCACGUGCCUGGCUGGGAAUGGAGUCUGUGCUUCACGUGGUGCAUGAAAACAAAGAUUCUGCAGAGGAAGCAUCUAAGCAGCCUGCCUUAAAUCAUCACAGAGAAUCUGUGGUUUUGUGCCCCUUGCCUACAGCUUCUGUGGGAUCCAUUGCUGCACGAUACCUGGAAGAUGAAGAAGUGAGAUCCCAGCACAUCCUGGAGUGCCUAAAUGCUCACAUUGAGGAACUGAAAAAAGAGAGUGCAAAGAUAGUGAGACGAUUUGAACACCAGCACUAAUGUUCCUUGUGGAAUUGGAAUGCUGGUUUCCUUAUGUGCUUCCAAACUGUGACUGGGAAGGUGCCUGUAUCCAGCUGGGCUUGGAGCUUGAGUGAGAGGCCAUGUGUCCCACUUGGAGCUGAGUCAGCAGGAGGGAGUUGAGGAAAAGGAACUCAUGUCUACAUGCUUGCUCUGAUGAGGGGUGUUACACCACAAACAUUUUAGUCAGCUUGCCAUAGGUCAGAGACCUGCAUCACAGCUAUGUGCUCACUCACAAAGUUGAGGAUAUUUUUUAAAAGCAAAACAUUUCCUAGUUUUUAUGUAUUUAAAGUAUAUUUUAUACGUGUAAAAGCAUUGAAAUAAAUCAGAAUGGCAAACA